CGACGCGGAUUUCAAUGUCCGGCUGUAACUAACUUAAAUGCGGUCAUUAACACAGUCGCAUUCACUUCCUAGCACUAAAAAAUUGAGUCAAUUCAAUGGCUAGCCUGAAUCCUCCUUCCCGCUCAUUAACUGGCAAAGUAGCCAUUGUCACAGGUGCCGGCUGUGCAAGUGACGGUAUCGGCAAUGGGCGCGCUAUAUCCAUUUUACUUGCACACGAUGGUUGCGACGUGAUAUGUGUCGACCAGAAUAAAGAAUGGGCCCAGAACACGGUCAACAUGAUCAACAAUACUUCCGAAAACAAAACUGGAAAGGCUAUUGUUGGACAAGCAGAUGUCACCUCGGCUUCAGACUGCGAAUCAGUUGUGAAACUGGCGUUAGAAAAAUUUGGCCGUCUCGAUAUCCUUGUUAAUAAUGUCGGUGUUGCUGGUGCACUAGGCACAGCGGUUGAAGUUGAUAUGGAAAAGUGGGCGAAAGGGUUGGAGAUUAAUGUUUCGAGUAUGGUCUUGAUGGUCAAAUAUGCCGUUCCGGCUAUGAUGCAAAACAUUGGCGAGGAGGUGAGAGGAUCAAUUGUGAACAUGGGUAGUGUCGCAGGACUGAAAGGUGGCACACCGCAUUUACUCUACCCGACAAGUAAAGGGGCAAUUGUCAAUAUGACUAGGGCUAUGGCGGCUCAUCAUUCUGAGAAUGGUAUUAGAGUAAACUGUGUUUGCCCAGGGAUGCUAUACACACCAAUGAUGUAUGCAGAUGGCAUGACGGAAGAAGCCAGAGAGGCAAGGAAAAAGAGAAGUCUUCUGGGUACAGAAGGCACAGGAUGGGAUGCCGCUUGCGCAGUUGUUUUCCUUGCCGGCCCGCAUGCUAGAUGGAUCACUGGUGCUAUUUUACCUGUUGACGCUGGUGCUACUGCUGCGGUUGGAAUAGGUUUACCAAAAAGUGCAAGUGUCAACGGGGGAGAAAAGAACAAAUAGGGCUAUUUGACCAAAUCCAUUCUGUUAAACUACUGAUGCAACAAGGCAACUCGAGCCUUGAUCUUCCCAUCACAUAGAAGCUUGAGGAUCAUCGGAAACUCUUCAAGUACUGCAUUGUCGACUUGCGGCCUAAUAGCUUGUUUGGAGAUCAAAUCUAG